GCCCCGGGUACGUCUCCGCCACCCGCGCUCGCACGCAUGGUGCGUGGUGACGUCGCGGAGGCUAGGGCGCCAUCCCGGAAGCGCGAGCAAGGCCGCCAGAUGUGCAGGCAGCGGAGGAGGAGGAAGAGAUGGACGCCCCGGACUCGGCCUCAAGGGUCUUCUGCAGCCGCAUCCUGAGCAUGGUGAACGUGGACGACGUCAACGCCAUCAUCCUGGCCCAGAAGAACAUGCUGGACCGCUUUGAGAAGACCAACGAGAUGCUGCUAAACUUCAACAACCUGUCGAGUGCCCGCCUGCAGCAGAUGACUGAGCGCUUCCUACACCACACGAGGACCCUGGUGGAGAUGAAGCGGGACCUGGACAGCAUCUUCCGCAGGAUCAGGACGCUGAAAGGGAAGCUGGCCAGGCAGCACCCAGAGGCCUUCAGCCACAUCCCAGAGGCAUCCCUCCUGGAGGACGAGGAUGAAGACCCCAUCCCGCCUAGUACCACAACAACCAUUGCCACCUCAGAACAAAGCACGGGCUCAUGUGACACCAGCCCCGACACCGUCUCGCCCUCCCUCAGCCCCGGCUUCGAGGACCUGUCCCACGUCCGGCCUGGCUCCCCUGCCAUCAAUGGCCGCAGCCAGACGGACGACGAGGAGAUGCUGGGCGAGUAGCCCUGCUCCCAGGGGUCUCAGGGCAGUGGCAGCACCCCCAGGUGCCUGAGGUGGCAGUGGGUAACCCUGCCUCAAGAUCGUCAGCUUUGCCAUGAUAGUCUGUCAUCCAGGGCUCCAGGGGGACAAGCUCCUUUCGGGGGUAGUCAAAGUGCUGGGGGGUUUGUUCUUCUCACUCCUCCCUCACCGAGAACACCUCUCCUCUGCAGACCCCUCUGCUGGGCCGGGGGCCAUCAGCGCAGCUGGAGUUGUUGGACUGGGCACAAGGGAGCUUUUCCAGAUGAGGCCUGAGGUCUGCUCUGAUCAACACUCCAAGGUUCCCAGAGACCAGAGCCAGAUGUCCCCUGCCCCAGCACCCUGCUCAGGACCUCCUGAAGGUGGACAAGCACUGUCCUGUCUGAGUUCACCCCAGCCUACCCCCCCCCACACCUACUAAUUCUGGUCUCCCUGCCCCUUCUUCCUAUCAGAGUAUUGAUGAAAGCAUCUCAAGGCAGUUUCUGAGACAGUUGUAGAAGGCUCAAGACAGAGGCUGGCCACCUACUCAGCCGAGCCAGCCUGACAAGGCCUGUUUCUCUGACCAGAGGUGUGCACCCUGAGAGCCCAGCAGGCCUCUCCUGGGGUCUCUGUGGAGCAAGCCAAGCCACCUUGGAAAACAGAGAGUUUAAACAGAAUAUUUUUGUACCCGAUGUUUACAGAUGCUGUUGGGAAGUUAUCAAUAAAAAGACUCUGUUACUAAAAAGGGAAAGAUG